AGUAAAUGCAAUAAUAGAUCUUACCACAAGAUUAGCCAUCGCCCCUGAAGGACCCCAUACGACCUCAUAUCUUUACAACACGUAUUCCUAAUAGAUAAUCAGAACAUUAAAGCUUAUAUUUUAAGAUUUGUACUCACCUUUUACUCUUAUUUCACAGACAAAGACGCAGAAGGACUUCAGAGGACAAUCAGACACAGCAGGGGAACUCGGUUACUCAGCACUAUUUCUAUAAUGGGUUACAUGAUGGUAGAAAGGCACAGCGCCACGCUGCUCCACCUGAAGAGAUCUCCAGGCCUGCGCUCCUGGUCUCUGCUCGUUGGUAUAGCCUCUGUUGGGUUGGCGGCUGCAUACUACAGCUCAGACAGCAUGUUGUGGAAGCUCUUCUACGUGACGGGCUGCCUCUUUGUGGCCAUGCAGAACAUGGAGGAGUGGGAGGAGGCCGUGUUCGACAAAACCAAAAACCUGAUCGAGCUCAAGACCUUCAGUCUGUACGCUUUAGUGCUGACGCUGUGGAGGAAAGGCCACGAGAAAAUUGUGCUGGAUCUGACCCAGCUGUGUGACGUCUGCGUUCAGGAGGAGAAGGUCAGAUAUCUGGGGAAGGGAUACCUGCUGAUUCUGAGGCUGGCUGCGGGGUUCUCCUACCCCCUCACCCAGAGCGCCAUGCUGGGGGGGCGCAGUGAUGUGGAGGCAUUGGCUGCUUUGUUGAAACGUUUCCUGGGUCUGGAGGAGCUGCAGCAGCGCAGGGAGAAAGAGGAGAAGGCUCAGUAUGCAGGAGAGGAGGAAGAGGAGGAUUCUGUGGAUAACAGCAGUGAUUCAGAGGAAGAAGCAGAAAAACUCUGAUGUCUCUGAACGCAUCACAGAGGGUCCAGGUUUACUGAUACUGUUAGCAUGAGCAUGAAACAUCUAGCCUCUUCCAGGUUUUUUUUUUUUGGAUACGUCAGGUGGGAUAACGGCAGCUUUAGGAGGAGUACAAAUAUUUAAAUGACAUUUUUCAUGUGACUGGGACGGCAGCAUUAUCAAAUUGAAGUACACUAUGUCAUUUUUUUUAUGGUGUCAUAGCUGAUCAUGGAAGUUCAUCGUUACAAUCAGAUUCUCCUGGUUAGGAUUAUUUCGUUUUUCAUCGUUCAGGAGGUUUUUUAACAGAAGCCAAAUUAUCCACAGAGGUCUCCUUACAAAAAAAAGCACUCUUCUUGUUUAAAACUGAUGAAAACCCCUGAAUAAAUCAAGUUUCUCGUUAAAAAUCACUGUUUCCCUGGUAGACACUGGACAUAUGGGCAACAAGCUAACUGCUAAUGUCUGCUCUGCUUGUUGGUCUGAUCAUUUAAAAUCCAGAUGUUUGAUCAAUAAAGUAUUAAGGACGAUUUUAAUUGAAGCCGAACAAUCCACUGAGGUCUUCUCCUCUCCAAAAAAAACACAUAUAUGGAGUAAAACCCCUUCAUACACUAAAUAAAUCAGUUUUACGUUAAAAUCAGUGUUUCUCCAACACUGUUUGGAUGGUAGCAAUAGCAUCCAAACACAGAUUACACACAGAUUACAUACAUAUUAAAAGGAACAUUUGACCUGCAGCAGAAUUAUCUACAGAGGUGUCCUCUUCUUUGAAACCAACAUUCAUUCAUUAAAACCGAUAAAUACACUGAAUAAAGCAGUUUUACUUUUAAAAACCAGUGUUUCUCCAAUGCUAUUUGGAUGCUAGCUUAAGGCUAACGUUAGCUCAGCUUGUUUCUUUGGUAAUUUAAGGUUCAGAUGUCCGAUUACUAAAAUCUUUCAUCUGGUUAAAGAGUUAAAAAGCAUCCUACUGAAUAUACUAAAAGUGUAUGCUAAAAUGUGGCUUUAAAUUGUAUAAAAAGUCAAUAUAUGACAGCUUCUGGAAAACGCUGACUCAUGCUAAAUCCUAAAGGCUAACGUUUGCUCAGCUUGUUUCUUUGGUAAUUUAAGGUCCAGGUGUCUGUUUACUAAAAUAUAUCUUACCUGGUUAAAAUAUAGAGUUAAAACCCAUCUAUAUAUACAUAGUGUAUGCUAAAAAUGUGGCUUAAAACUGGAUAGAAAGUCAAUUUAUGACAGCUCCUAGUAGAUAACGCUGACUCAUGCUAAUGUGACGCCUUAACAGGAGAAAUUACACAUUUCCCUGAAUAUACACAUCUCAAAUAAAUAACAUAGGUCUUGUUUUAAGAAAUAUAAUCUGGAAAUGUUACAUAUUAGACCCUUUUU